AUGUCGUGCUGUGGAAUUAGGCGUGGCCAAGAAUACCUUCUGUUGCUGAACAGACGGGUAGGCAAAAACAGUGGGAUGGGGAGAAUGGCCAGAUUAUUACUGUCCUCCCUUGGGGGGAAACCUUCAGCGGCAGGGGGUGCGAUGCGAAAGGAGGAAUUUACGGCAAAGUUAGGAAAUGUGGACAAGCGAAGUAGAGAUAGCGCAAAGCAGAACCCACGGGUAGAUCCACCAGUCAGUUUGCCACCCAUCCAAACAGAUGAUGACGCAGUGACAAAGGAAAUAUACGACAAAAUAUUAUUGGAACAUAAGCUUCUGCGUGGACGACGAGCUAGCAGUGACAAUAGGAAAAAAGGAAACUGUGAAAUAUUAACAAGUACAAGAAGUACAACCUCAGUUGAUGUGCACACGGGCCACCUAAACAAAAUGAACAAAGAGAAAGUUCUAUCGUUGGUUAGGAAUCAGUCUGGAGAGAAGAUCCAGAUGGACGUGAAAAAUGGAGUAGUGGAAGAAGGCAAAAAAUUCCCAAAUGGGGACGCCCCGGGAGGGAAGAAGCCGAAUGGACUAAUACGGAGAAAAGAUAACCACAUAAUUGUUGUGCAAAAAAAAACCGACAUGUCCACCGUGGAAUGCACAGAGGAAAAGAACAUAAACAAUAUGCUGAACUUAAGCAGACGGAACAAUAUAAAUAUCAGUGAAAAAAAAAAAAAUGAUCAUUUUUUUAAAAUAUUUUUUUCAUCCAAAAAGGUGAAAAUAAUAAAAUCACAAAAUCAUCCCAUUUUUAUCCACCUGUACAAGCUAGCCACUGAUGCGAAAUAUCGAGAAAAGCAGGAAAAAAUAUUAUUGUCCUGUAAGAAAAUGAUCCUGGAGAGAGAACAGAAUCACAUUACACGGAUUUACACAAACAGUAUUGACAAUUUAAAGGACUUUAGAUGCUUCGAUAAUUUUAUACUUUUGUCCAACCGAUUGCUCAAGCGGGUUGCCUUUCUUUAUUCCUUUAAAAAUGGAGUCCUCGCAGAAGUUGCACACAGGUUCCAGUACGACGACGUCGGCCUUCCGCGUCUGGCCCUGUGCUUCUACGAUGUGAACUGCGGGGGGAGACGCAGUAGAUCAGUCAAUGGAUCAGUCAAUGGAUCAGUCAAUGGAUCAGUCAAUGGAUCAGUCAAUGGAUCAGUCAAUGGAUCAGUCAAUGGAUCAGUCAAUGGAUCAGUCAAUGGAUCAGUCAAUGGAUCAGUCAAUGGAUCAGUCAAUGGAUCAGUCAAUGGAUCAGUCAAUGGAUCAGUCAAUGGAUCAGUCAAUGGAUCAGUCAAUGGAUCAGUCAAUGGAUCAGUCAAUGGAUCAGUCAAUGGAUCAGUCAAUGGAUCAGUCAAUGGAAGGGGCGAAUGGUACGGAAGUGUUAAAAGCACCACAGAAGUGGAUCCAUCGGAUGGGGAAGAUGAUCACUCCAAUGUGGACACCAACUUCUUUAACACAACAACCCCCCCAGGGGUAUCCACUGAACUCUUAUGCAACGGAGACAUUGGGACACUCAUCCGGAGUUGUUUUCUCCUCAAGUGGCAGUGCGUUUUUAAUGUGGAAGGACUAGGCCAUAUGCAGAGGGGGAAGAUAAAAGGAAGCAAAGUAUCAUCAAAGGGGGAGAAAAAUACUGAUUGGUCAAAUGAUAUGACUCCACGUGGUACUACCAGGAAGAAGCCACACAUAAACGAUAUUUACAACAUUGAUUUUUUCCAUCCUUUGACACUACGCGCCUCGUCAGGUCAUCUCCUAGAUAUCCCCUACAAGAAGAUAGCCUUCACCGAAUUGCACAAAUAUUCCCGCGAAAAUAAAAUACUCCUUUUUAAGUACAGGAUCAGGGGGAACGAAGAAAGAAAUGGUGAUACAGACCAGGAGAACAUUUAUGACAAUGUAGAUGAAUUGUAUGUCCACUACGGUGGCAAUCGCUCCGAGCAGGUGAAGCCCUUCUUAAAUUUACUCGCCAAAGCCAAGGGAGUGUUUCUUCUCGUCGAUAACUGGAACAGUAUUGAGAAGGAGUAUCCCAUGGUGCACCGCAAUUACGUCGAAAUUGGACCUAACAUUGCACACUCAGAUGAAGACAGAACCUUCGAUCGUGUGUACUAUGUGAAUUUGGUAAACAAUCAGGAGAAACCCCUGGACGUCGUUGCGGCGUACUCCAUUCUGAUGUACAUAAUCAAGACAAACUUCUUCCGACACGUUCCACAGUCGUGUUACGUGUGCGCCGAGUGA